CAGUCUCGGCUGGAUGAGGUUGUGGCGCUCGCGGCAUCCUUCUUCGUUGCAUUUUGCUUUAGAUUAUUUCCUUUUCAGUUCUUCUAACCACAAAUAUAAAAUGCCUCGCGUUGAGCUUACGACCGCUACAAGAAUGCAUCACUACUGCGACAUGAGCACGGCAGAGACGCUGGAGGCGUGGCGGGCGGCGGACGCAGUUUGUUUCGACGUGGACAGCACCGUCAUCACCGACGAGGGGCUUGACGAGCUGGCAAACUUCUGCGGCAAGGGCGACAUCGUCCAGAAGAUCACGCAAGAAGCCAUGCGCGGUGGAGUGGAGUUCAGAGAGGCGCUACGCGCGCGCCUGAACCUCCUGCGUCCUGAGAAGGACAUCGUGCAGAAGUUCAUCCGUGCUCACCCACCAUCACUCACCCCCGGCAUCAAAGAACUAGUGUCGGAGCUGCAGUCGCGGGAGACGGACGUGUACCUCGUCUCCGGCGGGUUCAUGUCGCUCAUUUCCCCCGUCGCAGAAAAACUCGGCAUCCCGCGAGAAAAUGUAAUCGCCAAUAGACUACAGUUCUAUUUUGAUGGUCAGUACGCAGGCUUCGACGAGUCUCAGCCGACGAGCAGGUCUGGAGGCAAGGCGGAGGUGGUGGCAGCGCUGCUGCGUAAGCAUGGCUACGAGUGUCUUGUGAUGGUCGGUGAUGGCAUGACGGACAUGGAGGCCUGUCCGCCUGCCCAUGCCUUCAUUGGUUUUGGGGGAAACGUUGAGCGCGAAGCAGUGAAGGAAAAAGCACCGCUUUACGUCACGAGCUUCCACUGGCUGCGUCAACGUCUGAAUGAGAAGCACUGAUAUCUUAUCGCGUGUUCGGUGGUUAGUUUUAUCGUGAGGAUUUGGUUGUAAUUUCUUGGUUGUAAGUUCCUACCGACGCACGAAUCGUUUACCAUCACGUGUUAUUUUAUAUAUUGAGCAUUAAAUAAUAUUUGAAUAUUGUUAUUCAAACUUUUUAUUGCCGUGUGUUUCAUUACCGUAUUGCACAAAAAAGAUUGAAUUCAUAUGUGAUUUGCAUUAAUGAAGCAAGUGUGGUCAAAUAAUUAUAUUCACAACCUCACAAUCCAAAUGUCUCUUCCAUGUUUCUAAGUUAUAGUGAUUAGAACAUUAAACAAUUUUAAACAUUAUUAUUUACUAGCUUUAUAUAUGCAUGUUCUUCUACAAUUUUUAGUAUUGUCAUCUUCAAUUCUAAUUAUUGACUCUUUUGAAAUUUUAUUUUAGUUUAGCGCUCGAUUUAAAUACUUCUUCAUUAAUGUUUUGAUUAUUUCAAUAUUAAAUAUAGGUUUUUACUUCGAAUAAUUUAUACGUAACAUUUUUGUUCAAUAAUUUACAAGAAACUGCGCCAAGCAGAUACUGCCAGUCUACUAUGGUGACAAAUGUAAAAUUUUAUUUAAUUUGCAAUGAAAACCAUGAUUCCAUGAAAACCAUGUCUCUCAACGCAUAAGCGAACGCUUGCAUCGAAUAUAAGAUUUACGUAUAUCCUUAUAUAUCCUACGUGUCUGUAUUAAUACAGAUGUAGCAAUACUCAGUGCUGCUGUGGUAUCAAUACAGAUGCAGCAAUACUCAGAGCUGCUGUGGUAUCAAUACAGAUGUGGCAAUACUCAGAGCUGCUGUGGUAUCAAUACAGAUGUAGCAAUACUCAGUGCUGCUGUGGUAUCAAUACAGAUGUGGCGAUACUCAGAGCUGCUGUGGUAUCAAUACAGAUGUGGCAAUACUCGGAGCUGCUGUGGUAUCAAUACAGAUGUGGCAAUACUCAGAGCUGCUGUGGUAUCAAUACAGAUGUGGCAAUACUCAGAGCUGCUGUGGUAUCAAUACAGAUGUGGCAAUACUCUUCACUUCGGUGGUAUCAAUGUAGAUGCAGCAAUACUCAGCACUUCGCUAGUAUCAAUACAACUGUAGCAAUACUAAGCAUAUAUGUGAAGAACCCAACAAUGCUAAGCUCGUUCAUUCAUACUUAAAUAGAAAUGCUGUUUAUGUAUGUCUCUUGUAUGCACGUAACUCUAGACAUAAUGAUAACAAUGAUGAUGUAUAUGCUGCCUUUUUGUUGGUUAAAAUAGUUUUUCACCAUUCAUUUUAUAUAUAGUUAUUUUAUUGUCCAGUGCGUUUAUAAUUUAGGCAUUCGGGGAUUUAGUAACGAUUUGUUAUAUUUUUUUCUAAUACUUGCUAAACAUUUCAUGGCAUCGGUAUUAUAUAUCAAUUGCUUUAUUAAUAUCUUUUCACGCGUACAUGUUGCAUCUAAAUUUCUGCCACUUAUUUUCGGGUGUGUUACGUCGUCAUUUAUUCUUUAAAUGUAAUUUUUAAGUGAUUUAUCUCAAUGAAGCUUUUUUGAAAGCCGAAAAACUGCAGUUUUUCGAUCCGACUCAGUGUGGCUUGGGUGUUCUAAGGUGUCUGAUGGGAAUCUUUGUUGGAAUGUUUGUUAGUUUUUCGUCAGAAGUUCUAUAGAUUGUAAGAAUUAGCUGUGAUACAAUACAAAAUACAAUUUUUUACCUGUUUGUACACAACAGUUAUAGGCCCAUUGUAAUGAUCGCUCUCUGAUCCCCGUUAAAUUUUCAAGUCAGCCAUGAGCUUUUCCCUCAUGGCUGAAGGCGUGAGGUAGGUCUGAAAAUUUAGCAAAUUUCUGCUCAUUAGAUCAGAAAUUUAGCUCCGUGUAAUAUCUGUAUAUUUGUGUCUAAUUUAGAACCUUACCUCGUGCAAUGCAAUUUAAACUUAAUCUCUAUGUUUUCUAACUUCAAUUAAACUCUUGGCAAUAUUUCAGAGUAGCUGCGCUCUCUAUAUUAUUUUGAUUUCAUUGAAUGAAUAAAUUUUAUGCUGCAUAUAAUCGAUGAGAUUACAAGAUACCUGAAUAAUAUCCGCCUUCGUAUGUCUAAACAGCGAUGUGAAUAGAAAAGUAUUUUUGUAGGUAAACCAUGUCGAUAACAUUUACAACUUUUUUCCAAGUUUGAUUCGCCAAAAGUAUUCUUGUAAACCCUGCAGGCAACGUUUACAAUUUUUUUCUAAAUUUGAUUCGCGUUGACAUAAUUUCAAUUAACACUUCACAUUUGCACAAUUUUUAACGUAAAUUCACUUGUAAGCUUUUAAUCUUUUAAAUUUGUCGUCCCAAGAAGCAGUUGGAAACGAGUUUUCUACUUUUCAUGUGAACAGUAUGAGCGUUAAUAGGUAGAAGCUUUUUGUAAUUAAACUAAAUGACUUGUAGUAUUAAUCCAGAUUAAUUUUAAUUUUCUGUAAGAAAGCUUUAUUAAUUUUAGAUCAUUCUAGGUUUAAUUAAGAUAAUAGCGUAUUUUUGCAAAAUAGUAUCUCGUCAAUUUUUCAACAUUACAAUGUUUUUCUCUUUUAAAACUAUGGUUCCUAGUAUAUUAGUAUAGAAAUAAUUAACGUUCAAUUAUUAGCCAUUCACGAUUUAUGCAUUGGAAUGAAGCUUAUACACUAUGCAUUGCGUUGAGUUGGUCACGUCAAGCGUGUUCUUCAAAAAUCCCAGUAUAAUCAUAAAAAGAUUUUUAGUCCCACAAAUUGGUUUCCUCACUCUGUGAUGAUUUGAAAAUUUUUUUUACCGUUUUCUUUCACAGGCUACCGAAUCGAACAAUUGGGAAAUUGCCCAUUUAUUAAACUCGUUUACUUGCAAGCAAAUCAAGACUCAUCUCAGAGGUAAAUUUUUUUCUGCAAUUUAACUCGUUUUCACUAAUCGUAGGUUUAUAUUUUUUACUAUUACUAAAUUAUUACAAGUGUUUGCUUCUGUUACUGAAUAUAUGCUGUAAAAUCUUUUAAAGUUUUCUACGAAUACCGUCUUUAGAAAACGUGGACAUCGUCUGCUGACGGGCACAACAUGCUAUACACGAGUCAACUUGACCAAGUAUAGAUUUGAUUGUUACUCGGUAA